CCCACGCCAUCAGCCAUCCUCCCUUUCAUCCGGCUAAUGAUAAUGUGUGCAUGCUCCGUGAACACUUCUUCCGGCGCACCCACAACCCUGUCACUCCCAACCCACCGUGUCAUGCUCUCGAAGGCCUCAUCAUCAUCAGCUCAGGCGUCACAACCCACCACCGUCAUCUCCUCACCUCCAUCAAAUUAUUGUUCCUCGCAUGGUUCCAGAGUAAUUUCCAGGACUCCGACGACGAUCACCGCCAUGAAAGACGCGGUCGAUCUCUCACGGGCGGCCGCGCAAGUUGCCAAGGAAGCAGUGUCUUCAGCGACAGCUUUCGAGGAGAUAACGCCAGUGCAGUCUGGACGCGAACUGCUGCUGCUGCUGCGAAGGAAAGAAGAAGACUCCGAUGAAAGACGUUGUGGGGACAACGCAAUGACCGAGCGGCGGAGGCGUCGGAGGAGGAAGAGGAGCAAGGCUGCUGGGUUGUCAGGCGUUGACGACGACAGUGAGGAGGAUGGGAUUGCGAGCAGGUUUCUCUUAGGUAAAACAUGCUCUUCGAGAUCGGAGCGAUCAAAAUAUCUUACAUCCCGACAAGAAGCCGAGUUCUCUUGCUAUCUCAAAGAAGAGGCCAUGAUGGAUGCUGAAGCGCAACUGUUGAGGGGAUGCAGUUCACUGGAUUCAGAGAGUGUUGCACAAUAUGGUAGGAUGAAGAGAAGAAGUGAAAAGGCUUCUCUCAGGGCAAGAGAGAGUCGAGAGAGAAUCACCCUGAGUUAUAAGCGGCUUGUGGUCUCGAUUGCAGCAACUUAUCAAGGGAAAGGCCUGACCAUCCAAGACCUCAUCCAGAAAAUUUCCCAAGUGAUUGAUCAUACAGAACUAUUUCAGGAAGGAUGCAUAGGACUCCUUCGAGGCACACAAAGAUUUGAUCAUAUGAAAGGAUACAAACUCUCAACAUAUGUUUAUUGGUGGAUCAAGCAGGGAAUUGUUAGAGCUAUAGCUAACAAAUCAAGACUCAUCAGAUUGCCGGGGAACUUGUGUGAAGCAAUGAACAAGGUUGCAGAAGCUAACUCAUCGUUGAGAAGACGACUAGGGAGAUCGCCUACUUAUAAAGAAGUAGCAGACCUCAUCGACAUGGAUGUUUCGAACGUGCGACUUGUUUCUGAGAGAAGUAGGCCUCCGAUCUCAAUUGAUCAAGCAGGAAAGGAGGGGCUCCGUCUCAUGGAUAUCAUCCCUGCACAAGAUGAUCGAAGACCGGAGACAGUCGUCGAUAGACGACUACUGUUGCAAAAUUUGGAGAAAGCUCUCAAGACUUUAAGCGAUAGGGAAGAGUACAUCGUAAGAUUGCAUUAUGGUUUGAACGGUGAAACUGUUCGAUCAUGUGAUGAAAUCGGUAGACUGAUGAAUCUGUCGAGGGAAAGAGUCCGACAAAUUCAUUGCGGUGCGUUAAAAAGACUCCGAGAAGAUAAGAGUUUCGUCGAAUAUCUUCAUCGUAAUGUUGUAUAGAUAUUUCACAUAGGUGUCUACGGGUUUAUUAUUGGAAGUAACAAAAGUAUGUGGAAGUGAAUCGAAGAAUGCGACGAAGUUGUUCUUCGGACUAAUGUUGGAAAAUAUCCCUUUUCUUAUAAAAUUUUAAAUUACAAAA